AUGAGAAAUGGAAAAUAUACAAAUGAAGAUCAACUAAAGUAUGAAAAUUCCACCACUACAAAUACAUCAUCAUCUACAACAACGACGAGUGAGAAUCACGGAAUAUGGCAAAAUUUCAAGGAUUCAUUCAAACCAGCUUUAAAUAACAAAAAUAUCAAUGAACAAGAUGAUGAAAGUUUAACGGAUCUACAAAAAAUAAAUCAAAAUACAUCAAAAACAAAAUUACGUAAAGAUUUAAGCUCACGUCAUAUUCAAAUGAUUUCAUUAGGAUCUUCAAUAGGUACUGGAUUAUUUGUAGGUACUGGUGGUGCAUUAUCUCAAGGUGGUCCAGGUGGGAUUAUGAUUGCUUGGAUUUUAACAGCUUCAGCAGUAUUUGCAACAAUGCAAGGUUUAGGAGAAUUAUGUGUAACUUUCCCAAUAAGUGGAGGAUUUAAUGUUUAUGCAAGUAGAUUUAUUGAACCAAGUGUUGGAUUUGCAGUAGGUUGGAAUUAUUUUUUACAAUUUUAUGUAUUAUUACCAUUAGAAUUAGUUGCUGCUGCUAUAACUAUUCAAUAUUGGAGUAGUAAUAUAAAUUCUGAUGCUUUUGUUAUAAUUUUUUGGUUUUUAAUUUUAAUUAUUACAUUACUUGGAGUAAGAGGUUAUGGAGAAGUUGAAUUUAUUUUAAGUACUAUAAAAGUUUUAGCAGUUGUUGGAUUUAUUAUAUUGGGGAUAGUUUUAAUUUCUGGUGGUGGUCCAAAUAAACAAUUUAUUGGUGGUAAAUAUUGGCAUAAUCCAGGUCCAUUUGCAAAUGGGUUUAAAGGAGUAGCUUCAAAUAUUGUAACUGCUGCUUUUUCAUAUGGUGGAACAGAAUUAGUUGGAUUAACAGCAAGUGAAGCAAGUAAUGCUAGAAAAUCAUUACCAAAAGCUAUUAAACAAGUAUUUUGGAGAAUUAUUUUGUUUUAUUUUGGUUCAUUAGUAAUGAUAUCUUGUUUAGUUCCUUAUGAUGAUAAAAGAUUAAUGGGUUCAAGUUCAGUUGAUUUAGUUUCAAGUCCAUUUACAAUUGCUAUAGUGAAUGGUGGUAUAAAAGGUUUACCAAGUGUUAUAAAUGCAGUAAUUUUAAUUUCCGUAUUAUCAGUUGGGAAUUCAUCUGUAUUUGCAUGUUCAAGAACUUUAAAUUCUUUAGCUGAACAAGGAAUGGCACCAAAAUGGAUGGGAUAUAUUGAUAGAGCAGGUAGGCCAUUGGUUGCUAUUAUAAUUACUAAUUUAUUUGGUUUAUUUGCAUUAAUUGCCGCAAAUGAUAAUGCUCAACAAGCAGCUUUUGAUUGGUUAUUAGCAUUAUCGGGAUUAUCAACAAUUUUUACUUGGUUAACAAUAAAUUUAAGUCAUAUAAGAUUUAGAUCAGCAUUAAAAUUUCAAGGUAGAUCAUUAAAUGAAUUACCAUAUGUAUCUCAAACAGGUAUAUGGGGAUCUUAUUAUGGAUUAUUAUUAAAUUUUUUAUUUUUAAUAGCACAAUUUUGGGUUGCAUUAUUUCCUUUAGGUGGUAAACCAAAUGCUUAUGAUUUUUUCUUAUCUUAUUUGGGAUUUCCUGUUACUUUAGCAUUUUGGAUUGGUUAUAAGAUUUGGAAAAAAAGCUUUAAAUUAUAUUUAAAACUGAAUGAAAUUGAUAUUGAUUCUGGUAGAGUUGAUAUUGAUAUAGAUGUUUUACAACAAGAAUUAGCUGAAGAAAAAGCUAAAUUAGCUGAAAAAAAUUUACUUAUAAGAUUUUUUAAAUUUUGGUGUUAA